AUGGAAAAGAGACCAAAAGUACUAACUGAUAGAUAUGAGGUUGGGAGAUUACUUGGUCAAGGUCAUUUUGCCAAGGUUUAUUUUGGAAGGAGUGUUCAUACUAAUCAGAGCGUAGCUAUCAAGGUGAUAGACAAGGAGAAAGUCAUGAGAACUGGGAGUAGCAAUCAGAUCGAGAGAGAGCUAAAUCAGAUCAAGAGAGAGAUCUCUGCGAUGAGUGUUGCUAAACACCCUAAUAUCGUGGAGCUAUACGAGGUCAUGGCAACGAAAACGAAGAUUUACCUUGUUCUAGAGUACUGUAAAGGAGGAGAGCUCUUCGACAAGAUCGCAAAAGGCAAGCUCACUGAGGAUGUUGCCUGGAAGUACUUUCAUCAGCUUAUCAACGCCGUUGAUUUCUGCCACAGCCGGGGAGUGUACCACCGCGACAUCAAGCCGGAGAACCUGUUGCUGGACGACAACGAUAAUCUCAAGGUUGCUGACUUUGGUUUGAGCGCGCUUGCGGACUGCAAGCGACGAGACGGUCUCCUCCACACCUCUUGUGGCACACGUGCCUAUGUUUGCCCUGAGAUCAUCGACCAUAGAGGAUAUGAUGGCACGAAGUCAGACAUAUGGUCUUGCGGGAUUGUCUUGUUUGUGCUUUUGGCUGGUUAUCUUCCUUUCCAUGACACCAAUAUAAUGGAGAUGUUCAGGAAGAUAGUCAAAGCAAAGUUUAAGUGCCCUAACUGGUUCUCCAUUGAAGCCAAGAGACUACUGUUUAAGAUGUUGGACCCUAACCAGGAGACUAGAAUCACCAUCUCGAAAAUCAAGGAGAGUUCUUGGUUCAGGAAAGGUCUACACUUGAGGCAAAAAGCGAUGGUGAAACAAGCCAGUGAGGCUAGUUUCUUGGAAGCUGGAGGCCAGCUUGCAAGCUUGAACGCUUUUGAUAUCAUCGCCUGGCUUCCGGUGUUUGAUCUGGCGAGAUUUUUUGGAGAUGUGUGUAACAAGCAAGAAUCUAGUUUUUUGUCUAAAAAGCCUGCUGGAGAGAUCAUCUCUAAGCUAGAGGAGGUCGCCAAACGGCUGAAGCUGAAGAUAAGAAAGCAAGGCGCAGGAGGAUUGUUCAGACUGGAACGAGCAAAGGAGGGAAGGAAAGGGAUUUUGUCGAUGAAUGCGGAGAUAUUCCAAGUGGCGGAGACGUUUCACCUGGUUCAAGUGAAGAAAUGUAGUGGGGACAGAAUGGAGUAUCACAAGGUAGUGGAGGAGGGUCUUAGGCCUGCUCUUGCGGAAAUCGUCUGGGUUUGGCAAGGCGACAAGGAGAAAUAUGAGUGA